AUGAACUUGACACCGAGGUUAUUGAGCAGCUUGUCGACAGAUUCCUUAACACAGGACAAAAACGCACCGAAAUCAGCUAAUCCGGCCGCUCAGGCUCUUGUUGGCAGUAGCACUUAUUGGUAUACAGAAGGACUUCUGAAGCCCGGCUCAAUCAAGGAUGAGGCAAAGAUCAAAGAAUGGAUUCAAGGUUACCAAAAAGAAGCUCAGAAGCCGGUUGGAAAUACUUUCAGUCAUGCAUCUCCAGGCGCUAAGCAGAGUUUAAACGAAGCCGAACAGGUUCUAUCGCGAUUUGUACGGGCGACAUCAAUGCAAGCGAAGCAAUUCGAUGUGGAAUCAGUCACUGAUCCAGAUCUAAAACGUCAACUUAAUUAUGUAUCCUUUGAAGGAAUGUCCGCUCUGUCACCAGCUGAUUAUGCAGCAUUCAAUCAGGCCCAAAACACUUUGAAUCGUGAGGCAAGUGAGGUAACGAUCUGCGAUCUCGAUGUACCACCUCCAUGUGCUCUGAAGAAAAUUGAUCUUGAAUCGAUAUUCCGUACUGAGAAAGAUGCCAAGAGACUCUCUCAUCUUUGGAUUUCGUACCUUACUCGAUUGAGAAAGCAAAAGCCUACCUAUCAGAAGCUGAUCACACUUUCUAACAAAGGUUUGCUUACGCAAAAUUCAUUUUUUCUGAUUGCAGUUGCACUAUUUUAUGAGAGAAAGGCUUAA